AUAAUUAGAAAAUACUUCAACACCUUUUCUCUAAAAAUAUUUAAUCGUUCCCUGUUAUGUAUUCAGACAAAAUGUGCGAAAGGAAAAUAGAUUCAAUUAAUUUGUCCUCUACUGGGACUUGGAUAUGCGGAUUGCAUGGUGUCAACGCAGCUGACGUGCAUUGAUAAACAUAUUAAAAACUCUUCUCCGAAAUACGAUUUAUGUAUUAAAAAACAAAUUCAAUAUGCUAUUAGUUUCAAUCUUCAACCUGAGAAUCACGUUCCACCGCGAGACGAAUAUUUAUCAUUUAAACACGUGAAAACUACUAUUCUAACCUUUGAGGUUAUCCACCGCGAGAUUAAAAAUGAACAAUUUGACAGACGCACAUUGGUUCCCCUUGGCGUCGCAGGGUAACAUUUACUCAUUGACGAAACUCUGUUCCGUCAACGGUUCUAACAAAGUGUUAGUGGCUUCAUUAAAGCGGAAAAUAUAUUCCUGCGAAUGCCACCUGAUGCAGAAUCUGCAUUUACGGCCACUGGUCAAAGAACUGCUCUUCACAUACAUUCCCAGUGGUGCAGAAAUUAUAUCUAUUGACGCUUAUAAUAAAUCCGACGGUGGCGAUGGAUUCGUCAUUGGAAUAACUAUCCUAAAAGCGAGCACAGACACUUCUGUAGAAAGAUAUUUAAACAUUUACACAGAAGGUGCAGUGGACGGGGACGGAGACGAAGCGAGUUCUAUCGAAGCCAUAGCACAAAACUGCCUCAUGGUGGAACUCACGUACACUCCUUAUCAUUUGUACCAUACGAUACUCCCACAACAAGAUUCCCCAAACGAGGUCGUGUGGCUGCUCUCUGGCAGUGAUUACAAGAUUCACAUGAUCAAGGAAGAUAAAUUGAAUCAUGGCUAUAGCGAGUCUCCGAUUGAGAAAUACUUUCCUGAGCUGCACGACAUUCAAGGAAUCGCUAUAUGGAUGAACAUCUACUAUUAUGAUAACUGUAAUUGGAGGCUCACAGUGAUCGGCUGUGAAUGCGGACUGGUUAUCGUAGCUAUAACUAACGUUUUAGAAUUGAAAAUAUGCGAGAGAUGGAAAUUGAGGUACGACAGGCCCAUCUCCAGUGUGUCUGUCUUCCCAUUAAAGAAUAAUAUCGAUAAACCUUCGUUCGUUAAAUCCAAAGAUUCAGAUUGCCCAACGAAGGAUCAGGACACUAAAUUAAACGUUGUUGUUGUGAACACUUACAACGCAGUUGUUUUCAUGGACGUUUUGAAUAAUGGAAUGGAUAAUGAUAUCACGUUGACUGGCAGUGAAACGUCUGAUUGCAUUCUGUGUUCCUGCAUAGCUGAUAUAAAUAUGGAUGGUCAGAAUGAAAUCCUGUUAGGAACUUAUGGGCAAGAAGUACUGAUAUUCUCUUUUGUCAAUGACACGUGGGAAUUGAUUAUUAGGAAACUGUUCGACGCUCCUGUUCAUUCGAUAUGUUAUAUGGAUAUCACGAAUGAUGGUAUGAAGGAGCUGAUUGUACUUACACAACGAGGAGUGCAUAUAUUGCAGCACAAUAUUACGGAUGUUAAAGUUAAGUGGAGGAAACGAUUUAAAAAAUUUAUAGAGGAAAGAAUAUAAA